AACAUUGAGCCGUCACUUUGUUGUCCCUGGCCCGCUUCACCCCUCCCCCUCCUUAGCCAAACCACAACCCACCAUCAUGAGCGACACCGACAGCCAAAGCCCGGCUGAUUCGCAAGUGGAAGAUAUCGCCAACCUCGUCGCAUGGCGCGCAUCUAUUAAUUCCCUCAAGGUCGAUAUUGUCGGUGACUUUGCUGGCAAGGAGCUCUUCGCAGUCCACGGCGAGUCCCUCGUCGCCCACUGCACCAGCCAGGCAAACGUCGACUAUCAAGAUGGAUUCCAGCUUCUUCACGCAGUGUAUGCGGUUGAAACAUUCCUCAGCAAGCUGAAGGAGCGCGGGUGCAACUUUCACGUCCUCUGGUUCGAUGGGCAUAAGAGCCUGACCGUUCCCCAAGGCGUGCUGCCCCAAAAUGAGCACAAGUACUAUCUGACACGUGCUGUGUUGAUCGAACAUCUUCGUUCUCAUCAGGCUGGUCCCGACGCAGCUUCAGAAGAUGGCGUUGAGGACGCCGCAUCGCAGAUGAGUUUCUGCUUCCCUGCUCUCGACAGUGAAGAAUUCCGCGCGUACACCAAACAGAAUGCGCUGCAUUUCGUCAUGUGCCUGGAUGGUGUGGCGUCCGGCCAGGAGGAAUACACGGCUCUGCUGUACCUACUGGCGCAAGCUCGGUACAACCUUGCUUUCAUGAACACCAUCGAGUUUCGAAGCUCCAAGGCCUAUGCUUCUGUCACCACCCCCUCCGGAUCCAUGGAUGACAUCGAGGCUGAAGAGCCCGAGUCAGAACCUGAGCGAGACUUUGGUUGCCUAGAAAUCUAUGAGAAGUUGGGCGAAAUCCAAGGACCGACCGAAGAACUUAGCCGCGCUGAUGUGGCAGUUGUUGUGUGUUCCGCAAUACUUUCCAACACGAAAGACCGCACUCAUUAUCCCCGAUUUGUCACUGCGCUUCUGGUACAUCUCACCCUGCUUGAGCAUACAGACAUUACCCAGAGAUCGUAUGCUAUUGGAAACAAGGCAGACGAAACGCUGGAUGGCUUCUUGAUGAAGUUCUCUGUCGUCGCUGCCCGCCUCCUUGGCCAAUGGCCUUCAAGCCAGGAAGGACGCUCUGUGGGUGCCGUUUUUGACUUGAUCGAUGGUCGCCUCUUCCUUCAAGUAUUGAGCUCUCUGGAAUCUCUUCAGCUGCCAGCUGAGAGCAGUAUCCUGGAUAUAGUCGAGACGCGUGUCAAGCUGGUCAGUAGUUUGACAGGUGUGCAACUUCCACCCAUUCCCAAGGCUAGUGGCGGUGGGAAGCACUCGGGUUCCAAGGCUCCCGCACAAACGGCAGGCCGCUCAACGGUUUUGCCUUUUAGCCACCCUGUUAUGGACAAACACCUCCAAGAGGUCAAAUUGGCGAUAGAUCCAGCGUCUGAGCCCGACAGCAACCGUUCCAAGAUCUUCCAGGAGUUGACCCAUUGGCACAAUGCCAAGAAACCCAUUGACCCCAAACGCUCCAUCAUCAAGAAGCCACUGGAUUUCCGCGCCGCCAGGAGAAACCAGUGGUUUAUGCGUGAUACUAUCGCCUAUUCGGCUAGUUUGACGAACGCCUCAGGCAAGAACAUCGAGCCUGAAAUCAUUGUCGUCGAGAGAGGUGUGCCCCAGAAGAAGGCGGCAGAGACUACGUCCAACGCUGCGCAGGCCGGCAAGAAGCAACCGAAACAAGCCCAACCUAAUAAACCAGUGAAAGGCGGCAAGCAGGCCCCCAAGGGUGGGAAGCAAGCUGCCCUCGAGACUGCCAUGGCUCGACAGGCUGAAAAGCAGGGAGUCAAGUCGCAGGCCGCCGUGACUAGUUGGGAAGGACGUUGCCGUGAAUUCCAAAAGGAGCGCUCUCCUUUGACACGUUUUCUGAAGGUCAGGAAGUAUCUGGCUAGUCUAUCCCGGCCUGACAUGGACGCAGUUGGCGGCGAAGUUUUGCUGUAUGCAUGCGAUGCACUGGGCAGUAUCCGGGGAUCGAUGAAGAACCCUGGGGACACGACAGGUUUGAGCACUCUCGCAUUGCUGUGGUCCGCCGUGCAAGAUAUGCAGCAUCUGAAGCUCACCACAGAGACCCAAGCCCAUUUGGAGAAGCUCGCUCAAGCUGUCCGUCUCCCACUCAGUCUUGGCACCGAGGUCCCCCGGCCACUCAUCCACGCCGGUCACCGACUUCCCUUCAACACCGAGAUCAGCAAGCCUGCCACUCACCCUAAGCUGCCUGUGAACCCCCUGGGAUUUCAACUGGAGCACUGCGGUCCUUACCUGGAGCGGAGCUUUAACUCGGCCGACGAUCCCCGUGUUCCUUUCCAGCCUGAUGAGUGGCAACGCAAGGUUCUCGAUUCUAUCGAUGCUGACAAUAGCUUGUUCGUUGUUGCGCCAACAUCAGCCGGAAAAACGUUCAUUUCGUUCUACGCCAUGAAGAAGGUCUUGCAGGCAAAUGACGAUGAUGUUGUGGUCUACGUCGCACCAACCAAGGCCUUGGUCAACCAAGUGGCGGCCGAAAUCCAAGCUCGAUUCACCAAGUCGUAUGGUCAUCAGGAUGGAAAAUCUGUCUGGGCCAUCCAUACGCGCGACUACCGCAUCAACAACCCCUCAGGCUGUCAGGUUCUCGUAACGGUCCCCGCCAUUCUUCAGAUCAUGCUCUUGGCCCCCUCAAAUGCGCAAAAGGCAAACUCCUGGUCCCACCGGGUCAAGCGAAUCAUCUUCGAUGAAGUCCACUGUAUCGGACAGGCAGAAGAUGGCAUCAUUUGGGAACAGCUGCUUUUGCUCUCACCUUGCCCUAUCAUUGCGCUGUCGGCUACUGUGGGCAACCCGGUAGAGUUCUACGAAUGGCUCGCAAGUACCCAGCAAAGAAAGGGGUUCAAGAUGGACAUGGUGGUACACACCGCUCGUUACUCCGAACUGCGAAAAUACUUUUACCUUCCGCCUGCGACAGCCGAGUUUAAGCCGCACGCGCCCGUUGAGGUUCUCCCCAUUCCCGGGUUGGACACCCAUAACGGCGAUGUGGAACGGUUCGCUUUCGUCAACCCCAUCGGCGGCAUUUCAAACACACAUCGUGAAACCUUGACUGAUGUGAGCCUGGAGUCCCGAGAUUGUCUUCAGCUCUGGGCAGCCAUGUGCAAGCAUGCGACAGCGUCCCAUCCAGUCAAUCCAGCCUUGGCACCCGAGAAACAGCUUCCCAGUCUGUUGAAGAAAUCGGAUGUCCUUGGCUGGGAGAAAAAGCUCAAAGACCAUCUGCACAAAUGGAUGGUCGAUCCUGAUUCACCUUUCCCACUCGUUCAGAAGGAGUUGCAGCCAAAACUUCCAAGCGAACUGGGAGACCCGAAGAACAAGAGCAUGCUGACGAGCCGUGCAAAGCCUGAAACUCGAGACCCAUCAAUCUUAUCGUUGCUGUCCGACUUGAGAACGCAAGGCGCAUUGCCGGUGCUCAUCUUCAAUUAUGAUCGAGUUGGUUGCGAGUCGGCCAUGCUCAGUGUGCUCGAGCUGCUGCAGGAAGCAGAGCAAAAAUACCGAGAUACGAGCAAGGAGUGGGCCAAGAAGAUGGUUGCGUACGAAGAUUGGAAGAAAAGCAAGACCAAGAUGAAGAAGGUCGUCGGAAAAGUGGGAAAGAGCAAGGAUCAAGAUGCAUCUGCUACGACCAAGGCCGAUCUGGCCCGAGAAGAAGCAAACCAGGAAGCCAAUCCCUGGGCCAGUUUCGACCCGGAAGCACCACUCCCAGAGUUCAGCUUCGCCAACACCACCAAGAUCUCCAAGGAGGAAUUGGAACAGAGAAUCCAUUCUCUUCGUUACUCUCACAUUCCACAACAUUUCGUAGACGCCCUGCGCAGAGGUGUUGGCGUGCAUCAUGCUGGUAUGAAUCGUCAAUACCGUCAAGUCGUCGAAAUGCUGUUCCGAAAAGGGUUUCUCACUGCAGUUGUUGCCACAGGUACGCUUGCUUUGGGUAUCAACAUGCCUUGUAAAACGGUCGCGUUCCUUGGAGAUUCCGUCUUCUUGACUUCCCUGAACUACCGACAAGCCUCUGGUCGUGCCGGUCGUCGUGGUUUCGACGUCCUCGGAAACGUGGUCUUCCACAACAUCAAGCCGAACCGAGCCAUGGAGAUCAUGUCUUCGCGUCUGCCGGAUCUCAAAGGACAGUUCCCGUCCUCUGUCACGCUCAUGCUUCGACUCUUCGGCUUGCUCCAUGGCACCAACAACUCGGAGUUCGCCAUCAAGGCAGUAGAGUCUUUGCUUACCCAAACCCGUCUUUUCCUCGGUGGCCCCUCUUCCCAAUUGACUGUCAAGCAUCAUCUGCGCUUCUCGAUCGAGUACCUGCGACGCCAGCAGCUGCUGUCCGCAGAAGGUGUUCCAUUGAACUUCGCAGGUAUGGUGGGACACUUGUACUUUACGGAGAACUCGGUCUUUGCCUUCCAUUCUCUUUUGAAGUCUGGCUACCUUCACGAGCUAUGCGCAAAGAUCAACCAACAACCCAAGGAGGUCCUUCAAAGUCUUGUCCUUGUUCUUUGCCAUCUGUUCUCUCGCAUCAGCUGUCCUAGAUACAAGGACCAGAAGUGGGUUGACACGGUUGUCCACAAGUCACCGUCUCUCGUCAUGCUCCCAGCUCUCCCGGAGAAGGCAGAGCGCAUUCUGAGGGGCCACAACCAGGAGACACUGGAGAUUUUCGAGUCUUACGUCCGUACUUACGUCGAGCAGCACCUUCUGGAGACGCCCGACAACAAGCUUCCUUUCACAAAUCACACGGUUGCACCCAAGGAACCCAUUGACCUGGACGGGACUGGCAUCACCGCCGCGCCCAAGACCACAUCGAGGUCUCCCUUCGCCGCCCUCUCUGGCCUUGGUGACGAAUUCAAGUCAGUUCAGGAUCUCUGCGAGACCGUACGUGCCGGCGUAUUCCUCGAGGAGGCGGCCGUCCCUUACAUCCCUAUCUACCCCGACGAUACCAACGGUGUGCCCUUCAAUGCAUACAUCUACGACUUCUUUAAGCAUGGCGACAUGACAGCGCUGGUACGCGAUAACGGAAUCAAGGGAGGUGAUGUCUGGUUCCUUCUUAAGGACUUCUCGUUGGUUCUGGCCACCAUCACGGCCAGUCUCGAGAACAUCCUGAGACCUGAUUCCGAUGGCGAUGACGCAGCCAUGGUCGACAUCCAAGAUGCGGGUGACAUUAUCGAGGAAGGCUCCGGCGAAGUCGACGACGAUAUCAAGGAAGAGUCCCUCCCGGGUAAGAUGAACGGAUUGAAAGUUGAGGACAAGACGGCAGCCGUAAAGCCCAAGGGUAAGAAGAAGAAGGUAGUCGACGACUGGAUGGACGCCGAGAUUUCGGAUGACGCCACGCCCGAGUCAGAUGGCGAGGAGUCUGACUGGGAAACUAACUCGGCUACUGGUGCUACUGGAAAGGUGGGAGUGGGUUCGGAGCAGAGUUUGACGAAUGUUCACAAGGCGUUCAAGCUCCUCAGGGAGGAGUAUGAUGAGAAGUUCAGGAAGGUGUGGUCUUAGAUGCUGGGCAACUUUGGUUGUUGCUGUUACCUGGUGCAGAUGAGGAAAGGUAGACGGUGUCAUUGUGGGUGGAGCAUGAGAUCCAUAAGAGGGGUAGGAAAGGGGUAGGAAAAAGGGUAGAGAGAAAAGAGGGUGCUAUUCUCAUAGACCUGUUGGGCAUAGAAAUACUGGGUUGAUAUAGAUUUGAGGGCAUGGAAACGAUAAUGCCAUUGUGUAGACUUGAGAAAAUGAACAUAGACUUGUCAAC